CUCCUUUAAGAAGGAAGGAGGCCGAUGCUAGGGUGUGUUUAUUAAACGGUUGACUUGUGAAACAGAUUUAGUGUAGAUAUUGUCUCUGGAAUCAUCAGGCAGGUAGGUAGGAUGGAGAUCAGGCCGUUACUCAUGUGCUUUGCACUCUGCGUGGUCUAUGCCACCAGUAAACCCACCGAGAAAAAGGAACGCGUUCACCACGAUGCACCUCUCAGCAGCCGCGAGCACGACGAUGCUCAGGGCUUCGACUACGACCACGAUGCCUUCCUGGGACAAAAGGAGGCCAAAUCUUUUGACGAGCUCAGCCCAGAGGAGAGCAAGCGCAGGCUAGGUGUAAUUGUAGAGAAGAUUGAUGGGGACAGUGAUGGUUUUGUCACUGAGGUGGAGCUGAAAGCUUGGAUUAAGAAGGCUCAGAAGAAGUACAUCUAUGAGAACGUGGACCGCCAAUGGAAGGACUUUGAUGUCAACAAUGACGGCAUGAUCUCCUGGGAGGAAUACAGGAACGUAACUUAUGGUACCUAUCUGGAUGACUCAGAACCAGAUGAUGGCUACAACUACCAGCACAUGAUGGCGAGGGACGAGAGGCGUUUCAAAAUGGCCGACCAGAACGGAGACCAGAUCGCCAACAAAGAGGAGUUCACCGCCUUCCUACACCCAGAGGAGUACGACCACAUGAAGGACAUAGUGGUGCUGGAAACCAUGGAGGACAUUGAUAAGAAUGGUGAUGGUUUCAUUGACCUGAAUGAAUACAUAGGUGACAUGUACAACCAUGAAGAUGAGAUGGAGGAGCCAGACUGGGUUGCGACAGAGCGCGAGCAAUUCUCAGAGUUCCGGGAUAAGAACAAAGACGGGAAGAUGGAUCGGGAGGAGACUAUGGACUGGAUCCUUCCUUCAGACUACGACCAUGCAGAGGCCGAGGCCAAACACCUCGUCUACGAGUCUGACUCAAACAAAGAUGGAAAGCUCAGCAAGGAAGAGAUCCUGAACAAGUACGACUUGUUUGUAGGAAGUCAAGCAACUGACUUUGGCGAGGCGCUGGUACGGCACGAUGAGUUUUAGAUGAUUUAGUCCUAGCUAGAUAAGUUUUAUACUUGGUUUGAUUUUUAUUUUGUACGAAACCUAUUCAUGCAGUACAUUGUCUCCAAUUCGUUUGUGGUUGAUAGCACCUAAUAGUUACGUGUGUUUAUAUAUACUGACUUCCCAUCCCAACACUUCAUUUUAUUGUUCUGUUACGUACAUAGGUAGUUUAGAUUGGUCAUUAUUUUACCUUGGUUUGAAACACAAUGGUAUACUCACAAGCACUGAAUACCUCUUUUGGAGUUGUAAUCAUUUAUAAUUCUUCCACCAAACCCUUCAUAAGUGGGAAUGAUUUGGUGUUUUUUACAGUCAUGUUUUGAAUGACACUGAUUGUAGUGAUAGCCUAUCAUUUCUUAGUAUAGUUAGCAAAUGAGAGAUGCUACCCAACAUUAGCCUCCUACAUUUCCUUUUACCCAGUGUGUGCCUUCUGAGUAGUCUUUUGGGAGCUCAACCAAUGAAACUGACACUAAAUAUCAGUGAAUCAGAGGGUCAUGGGAACGUGAGUCCACUACAGUGAAAUCAUCCCUCACCCUGCUCUGUUUCUCCAUAAACACUUUCUUUGACCCCCUUUUCUUCACAUGUACUGUAUUUGUCUAUCGUGACUAGGGCCAUUAUUAUUAGCAGUUCAUCACUGCAUCUGUAGCCUUCUCCCCUGUCAACCACUGCCUCUCAGCAGUCUACAGUGGCUUCCUCUCCUUGCCUCCAUCUGCAUUGGUCUAGAAACAAAUGAUAGGUGACCAAUGUGAAACAAGAAAAGGAAACCGUUGGACUAUUGAGUAGCAGCACAAGUGUGAGAACGCGUCUGUUGUUCUAUUGGUUAGAAAUACGAGCGGUUGUUCUUCCUUCCUGUGGGGCGUGCUGAACUGAAAGGUUGGUGCAUUGCAGCGUCGUUGCUGAAUUGCGCUUGCUUAAAAUUAAAUUAAGAUUAUGUUGAAGUAUUUACAUAGUCAGCAAGUGUUUCUUUUCUGAAUUUAUGCACAGAAUGUAUGGACAUUCAUAUUUUGGAUUGAAUGCUGUACUUUUGAUUCCACAGCCCAUUUCUCAAUAAAAAAAACUCAUUGAGUAAACUUAUUUGUUCAA